AUGGUUCGAGAGGAGGUAACAGGAUCCACCCAAACACUAGAGUGGAAGUGUGUUGAAUCAAGAGUAGAUAGUAAGCGUCUUUAUUAUGGUCGUUUCAUUCUGUCCCCGCUUAGAAAAGGUCAAGCGGAUACUGUCGGUAUUGCCUUGCGAAGAGCUUUACUUGGAGAAAUAGAAGGAACGUGUAUCACACGCGCCAAAUUUGGGAACGUGCCACACGAAUAUUCUACAAUAGUAGGUAUUGAAGAAUCCAUACAAGAAAUUUUACUAAAUUUGAAAGAAAUUGUAUUGAGAAGUAAUCUCUAUGGAGUUAGAGACGCAUCAAUUUGCGUCAAAGGUCCUAGAUACAUAACCGCUCAAGAUAUAAUCUUACCGCCUUCCGUAGAAAUCGUUGAUACGACACAACCUAUAGCUAACUUGAGAGAGCCGAUUGAUUUCUAUAUUGAGUUACAGAUCAAGAGAGAUCGCGGAUAUCAUACGGAACUCAGAAAGAACUCUCAAGAUGGAAGUUAUCCUAUAGAUGCUGUAUCCAUGCCUGUUCGAAAUGUGAAUUAUAGUAUUUUUUCUUGUGGGAAUGGAAAUGAAAAACAUGAGAUACUUUUUCUAGAAAUAUGGACGAAUGGAAGUUUAACUCCUAAAGAAGCGCUUUAUGAAGCUUCUCGUAAUUUGAUUGAUUUAUUUCUUCCUUUUCUACACGCAGAGGAAGAGGGCACUAGUUUCGAAGAAAAUAAAAACAGAUUUACUCCACCCCUUUUAACCUUUCAAAAAAGAUUCACUAAUCUAAAGAAAAACAAAAAAGGAAUUCCAUUGAAUUGUAUUUUUAUUGAUCAAUUAGAAUUGCCUUCUAGAACGUAUAAUUGUCUCAAAAGGGCCAAUAUACAUACACUAUUGGACCUUUUGAGUAAGACUGAAGAGGAUCUUAUGCGAAUUGAAAGUUUUCGUAUGGAAGAUGGAAAACUUAUAUGGGACACUCUCGAGAAGCAUCUCCCAAUUGAUUUACUUAAGAACAAGUUCUCGCUUUAA